CCUGUACUUUUGGCUCACGCCCCUGAAUCUAAUGUGAGUUUGGCAUCUUCAGGCGUAUAUAGAGUAAUACACUAGAGUAUAAAAUAUAAUAUAUUCUGUAAAGUGUGUGAUGAUCUUUGGCGCCACCUACUGGUCAUUUACAACCAUGCGUUUUCACGGCUGCGCUUGCGUCACACGACGAAUUCUCCAGCAACCAAUAGGAUUCCAGUUUACAGCUCCAUCUGACCAAUCAAAAUCAGAUAAUAUUUAAAGGUAUUUAAAAGUGGGCUGUUUGAAAUUAAACGGACCAGACUCGCAGCCGCUGAGGAGCGUCGCUUCGUCCUCUCCAGGAAUAAACAUAAAUAAAUACAUAUUCUCAAUAUUAAAUAGCGCACACGGCUGGUUUAGCGAAUGGUUACAGGUUAUUAAUAACACGGCGAGCUGGAAAUCAUCGCGUUACUGUCGACUAAACGCUGUAUUAUUGACAUUCAUUUCUUUAAAGCUGUUCAUUUGAAAAGGUUCGUUGUUUUAAAUAGAUUUGAGUUUCAGCAUGCGUUUUGAUGGGAGCGUUAGUGUGGACGGGUGCCGUCAGGCCUCACUCGUUAUAUUAGUUCUUUACUGGACUGAAUGUGUACUUUAGUUAUUUAUUUGAUUUGUUGUGAUGCGUUUAUUAUAUGUAUUCAAAUAAUAUGUCGUUGUUUGAACUCAGAAUAUGGAAACUGCUGCAAGAACCAAAUCGAUCCAACCUCCUGAAAACGAGAAGGUUUCUGUCGGUGGACCCAAGAGAGUUCCGGUGACCCAGAGCGGUCAGAAGCCCGUGUCGACGCCUCACACACGUGUUCUCCGCAUGGCACAGGGACCGCAGAAGCCCGUCGGAGUCCCAGUUCCUGUGAAACCCACGUGUCCCGGAGACCAGAACGUCAAUCCACAUCAACUCAAAGCAACAACACCGAGCAAACCGCAGCCAGAGCCAGUGCCUGUAGCUGAGCCUUCAAGAACUACUGAACCCAGCAACCAGGACAAACCUCAGCAAACUCCUUCCACUGGAACAACCAAUACUGCCAAGAAAGCGUGGAGUUUAGAGAAUUUCGACAUUGGCCGAGCUCUGGGCAAAGGCAAGUUUGGGAGCGUGUAUCUGGCCCGGGAACGUCAGACCAAGUUCAUCCUGGCGCUCAAGGUGCUGUUCAAAAAGCAGCUGGAGAAAGCCGGAGUGGAGCACCAGCUGCGGAGAGAGGUGGAGAUCCAGUCACAUCUCAGACACCCCAAUAUCCUGCGUCUCUACGGUUAUUUCCACGACGCGGCGCGCGUUUAUCUCAUCCUGGAGUUCGCUCCUAAAGGAGAGCUGUAUGGAGAGCUCCAGCGCUGCGGGACGUUCGACGACCAGCGAAGUGCAACGUAUAUAAUGGAGCUCGCAGACGCUCUGAGCUACUGCCACUCAAAGAACGUGAUUCACAGAGACAUCAAACCUGAAAACCUGCUGCUGGGGGCCAACGGAGAGCUGAAGAUCGCAGACUUCGGAUGGUCCGUCCACACACCGUCCUCCAGGAGGUCGACGCUGUGUGGUACGCUGGACUACCUUCCUCCAGAGAUGAUUGAAGGCAAAACGCACGACGAGAAGGUGGAUCUGUGGAGUCUCGGAGUGCUCUGCUAUGAGUUUCUGGUCGGCCGUCCACCUUUCGAAACCAAGAGCCAUGAAGAAACGUACCGCAAGAUUUCUAGAGCGGAGUUCACCUAUCCGGCUCACGUGAGCGAGGCCAGCAGAGACCUGAUCAACAGACUGCUGAAGCACAACCCCAUGCACCGGCUCCCCAUCCGGGGCGUCAUGGAGCACCCGUGGGUGCUGGAGAACUCCAAGAAGCCCACCACUCACACGCCAGCCAGCGACUGAGCUCCAGACUCACUCUUCAGACCAGAACGUGGCAGUAAUUUGUCGGGUGAUCUUUGCUGCCCCUGCUGGAAUAUCUUUAUGAUUUGUAUGUUGUUGUUGUUGUUGUUGUUUGUGUUGUGCUGUUAACAUGCUACAAUCUACAUGCAUUUGUGAAUAUGUAAUUAAGACACAAAUUGUAAAGUUUAACCAGUACUUGAAUCAGAAUGAGCUUUAUCGCCAGGUAUGUUUACACACACGAGGGAUUUGUUCUAGUGACGGAAGCUCCACAGUG